CCAGGCCGAGCCAAAUCCCCCUAGCCGCCGCCGCACCACUCCCGGACGCGGCCGACCUCAACUCGCCCGCCGCCGCGGCUGCACCUCUGCCCGCUCACGAGCCUCCACCCGCGCGCUCAGCUCUGGGACACCCGCGACGCACCGCGCGCGCCCUCCGCUGCCAAACUGCGCCGGCUGCGCCGACCGCCGCGCGCCGUCGGAUGGCGGCGGUGGACCCUCUCUCAUGGAGGAUUACACCGGCUGCCCCGCGCUAGCCGAGAUCAUCCGCAUCCUCUCCGUGAAGCGCCAUCGUCGCGGGAGGACUUCGUUGCCUGGCUCGCCGACAACUUCAUGACGAGGCCCGCGUCCGCUUCUUCCCGUGCGACCUCCUCGACGGUGCCGCCAUGCUCGCCGCCGGGCGCGGCUGCUACGGCAUCUUCCACCUCGCCUCGCCCUGCACCGUCGACCGCGUCCUGGACCCCCAAAAGGAGCGGGUAGCGCCGGCCGUGGAAGGGACGCUCCAUGUGCCUUCCUUGGAGCCGGCGCCGACCGGCCUGUGCCCCCUCCCCGCUGCACAAAAUUUGCUUCUUUGUCCCCACUUUGCUGCACAAACUCCGUGCCUCUGCUACGGCCAUUCUUCGCUCCAUGGCCUUCCACGAAUCUCAACCCUGGCAACUGGAAUGAUUCCGCCAAGGAUCAAUGCUAGCAUGGCCAUGUUUCUUCACUUGAAGGGUGGACCAUAGUGGCUUCACUGCUGGCGGAACGGCAGAGGGCUUGGCUGCUACCAGGGUGAUUCAAAGGGAGUAUAUAGGUAGAGUUUUUGCAGCCUCUUGCACAAACAUGAUUAAUGGUAGCUUCUAUUCCAUGACAUGAUUUUGCAGCUAUAAUGAUAUGUUUCAUGCGAGAGGACAUAAAUUUGCAUCAUAUUUUUCUGUCCAGUUAGUUCCAAAUUACAAUGUUUGUGCUAUCAGUGACAAUUCGGUGGAAUAAGAUGAGUCAUAUAUACACCCAAUGUAAGCUUUCACAUCAGCCUUUGCUCUUGAUUGUCUUUGCAAGUCCAUGGAUAUAAUUUUUAGGAUUUUCCUUUACUCAUAGCAAGUGAUGAAUGUUUUGUCCUUCAACCCUUUAGGUGUAAAUACAUGUGAUGUGGCUAGCAAAGUUGGUAACACGCACAGUAUAACCAUUAUGAUCUGCACAGGGAUAUCACCUAGGUGCAUAAAACAUAAUCAUUCAGUUUUUAUUUGGCAAGCUGGAGCUACCCGGAACUUUCGAUUUGGUGCCAAGAUGGAUGGAUUCAACUAAGUGACCCACUAUCAGGUCAUAAAUCAUUUCUUUUGUUGAAGGAAGAGACUCCAUUUUCUGUUGAGGACCGAAUCGCACUAACCAAUCGGCUUACUUGGUUAGAAGAAAUUGAGAAAGGGGAGCAUCUUACACCUAAUAGGAAGCGGUUGUCUAAUCCUAAUCUCACCCAAUAGACAUACAUUACAACAAAAUUUUCUUACAUGCUGCCGCCUAUAUUUUUUCAUUACUAACAUAACCUUUUUAGAUCACCCGCAAAAAAAACCCUUUUCAGAUCAAGUGUGUCUUGCAUUACAUUUGGUCAACUAUACUGCAACUUCAAACCAUAAUGCCUCUGUAUGUUGACUGUAUUUUUUGGAAUUGAAUUAUGUAUUCAAAGCUAUUGUUCAGCAUAGACACCGUUUAAAAAUCAUACAAGGGGCACACAAAAUGUAUAUGUACUCUUCUGUUUGAAUAUAUGUCUAUAAAUGGAUUAACUGAGCCAAAGGCGGUGCCUUUUUCAUACGAAUAUAUGUGUACCACAUCUUUCAGAUAAUCAUAUAUGUUUGCCGGCAGAUUAUAUAUGCAUUAAACUACAAAAUUUAUUUGUGCGACUUGAUACCAGAUAUAUACAGAUUGCAUGUCUCUUAGGGCAUCUCCAAUGCUAAGCGCCAGUGGUGGACACUAGGGUCGCCAGCUACCUUAGUUGUUCCCCGCCUCGCGUCUGAUGCCGCAUUAUUGAUGCCAAUAGAUGCAUCGAGCGCUUGCUUUUUUCCUGGACAUGUGAGUAAAUAAACUGGGAGCCGGCCCUAUGUAUUUAGAGCCCGUGAUAAGCGUCUAGCAUUCGAGAAGAAGGCACUUACUUUUUUUUUGAUGUUUUUUUACUCUAGGCUCCUGCACAAGAGUAGCAUUGUAGAUGCCCUUAAGCUAUAGGCUCUCAUAGUUGUUUUACCAAUCACAAAUAAGCAACCAAUGAGGAAAUAGUACAAAUUUAGAGCACAAUACAUCAUGAUCUAUUGGAAAUUACAUGUUCUCUAUUUAACAUAUCAACCGGUCAAAGUGGCCAUCUUGCAUUGACCUUGAAAGUGUGAUUUUUGGCCAGACCAGCGAACGAGGCAAGCAGGUUGAACUCAAAUUUAAGCAUAUAGUUAAUCCAGCAUGAUCCACUAAAAAAUAAGUUAAUCGAGCACGAAACAGUACAUUGAGUCCGAGCUUUGUUG